AUGCCACGUCCCCAGCACAAUACAACCUCCCUCCCACGUGGUUUGCGUGCGGAGCUGGGGAUCAGAGAUACUUAUGGUGACAAGAAGCGCCAGCGCAAUGGACCUGCGAACCGAAAAGAACGCCGCCAAGCAGAGCGGAACAAUAAGAAGUCGGGGAGACCUGCUGCAGCGCCAGUGAAGAAACCUUUCCAACGACGACCCCAGCAGAAGGAAGAAGAAGAUGAUGAUGAUGAGGAUGAGGAUGACUUUGAUUUGAAUGAGGAAUCAUCCAGCGAUGAUACACCAGUUGCGCCGGACAACAAGCGAUCCUCAACCCAAAAGCUUCAGUCAGACUCCAAGUCGGUCGUGGAACUCAAACCGAAACGGCCGCUCGAAAUGAAGGAUGAAGAGGAGGAUAGCAGUGAUGAUUAUGAUGGGCAAUCCGAAGAAGACGAGAGCGAUCAAGACAACAGUGAUGAGAGUAUCCCACAGGGUGCCCAUAUUUCAGCAACUGUCAAGUCCAAGCUGGCACAGGAUGAUGCCGAAAUUGCUGCACUGGAGAAGAAGCUCGGUCUCAAGAAGGGAAAGAAGCUUCCAAAGGCAUUCGCUGAGGAUGGAUUGGAGGAUCUGAUGGGAGACUUGGGGGAGGCGUCAGAAGAUGAUAGCAAGAAGCGCAAGCGUGAAGCCGAUGAAUGGCUCCAAAGCAAGAGACAGAAAGCCUUACAGCGCCAGGCUCAAGUCUCUGAAGAUGAAGAUGAUGACGAUGAAGACGAGGAGGAAUUUGAUAGUGAAGAUGAUAUGGACAAUCUGGACGAGGAAAUCUUUGGUUCGGAGGAGGAAGAUGAGGAUGCAGAGGACAGCGAGUUCGAUGGUUUCGACAAGGAAGAGGAGGCAACGCCAAAGAAACGAGAAAAUCCAUAUGUGGCCCCCGUUCCUAAGUCGGAAGCUACAGCGACUCAAAAAUACAUUCCGCCAUCAUUGCGAGCUCGCGGAGAUCCCGAAAGCGAAGCCCUUACCCGAUUGCGCCGACAGGCCCAGGGACAUCUGAACAAGCUGUCCGAGGCGAACUUGGUGUCCAUUCUUGCAGAGUUUGAGAAGCUAUACCGGGACCAUCCGCGCCAAAAUGUUACCUCUACGUUAAUCAGUUUGCUAAUGGGUCUCAUUGGUGAACGAUCCGUUCUCAAUGAUACUUUCAUCGUCCUGCAUGCCGGUUUCAUUGCUGCGGUGUACAAGAUUAUGGGUAUGGACUUUGGUGCUGAAAUUGUCCAGAAGAUCGUGGAGACAAUGGACGCAGGUGGUGAUGAACGUGGCAAGUUUGAGGGCAAGGAGUACAUCAACCUUGUUUCCCUCUUGUGCCAGCUGUACAAUUUCCAUGUAAUUGGACACCCUUUGAUGUUUGACUACAUUCGUCUCUUUUUGCAAGAAAUUACCGAGACCAACACCGAGCUCCUGCUCAAGAUUAUCCGGAACGCGGGUCCUCAACUACGCCAGGACGACCCAUCCGCGCUCAAGGACAUCGUCCUGCUAAUCCAACCUGCCAUUGCAAAGGUCGGCGAGGGAAAUCUAUCAGUCCGUACCAAGUUCAUGAUCGAUACUAUUACCGAUCUCAAGAACAACCGUGUCAAGUCUGGAAUCGGCGCCAGCGUGACUUCGGAGCACAUUACGAAAAUGCGCAAGAUCUUGGGCUCUCUGAACAACUCCCGAGUGAUCCGUGCAUCGGAGCCUAUCAACAUCACGCGUUCGGAUAUUCACGACUCUUCCAAGAAGGGUAAAUGGUGGCUUGUCGGUGCAAGCUGGAGGGAAGAUCCCCUAGUCUCUGCCCGCCAAGAGCUGUCCGAUAUGCAGACGAAGGGCGCCGAUGCUAUGGAGGAUGACAGUGAAGCUGAGCCGGAUUUGGGAGAUCUGGCUAGAGCCCACCGUAUGAACACGGAUGUGCGUCGCUCGAUCUUUGUCGCUAUCAUGUCUGCGACAGACUUCCAAGAUGCCCAUGUUCGGCUUCUCAAGCUUCGUCUCAAGCGUGCGCAAGAAUUCGAAAUUCCUCGUGUUCUCUUGCAUUGCGCGAUGGAGGAAGAAGCUCAUAACCCCUAUUACACUCUGAUUGCACGCCGUCUUUGCGGAGAGUCCGGUCGCCGUCUUAAGAUGUCAUUUAUGUUUGCUCUCUGGAACAUCUUCAAAAGGAUGGGUGAACAAGGCGAUGACGAAGAAGAGACAGAGUUCGACGCUGACGACGAGGAAACCGGUGUUAGCAUGAAGGCUGUCGUCAAUCUGGCCAAGAUGUACGGCAUGCUCAUCGCCGACGGCACUCUAUCACUAGGUGUCCUGAAGAACCUCAACUUCGCUUAUCUCCAACCCAAGACCAAGACAUUCGUCGAGCUCUUGAUCAUCAGCAUCAUCCAACAGUCGCAGAAGACUAAGAAAAAGAAGAAGAGCAAGUCUACCUCUGACGAUGCCAGGGACGAAGAGUCUCUCAUGCAGAUCUUCUUGCGUGUUCAAGAAGCACCCCAAGCUGCCAAGGGCUUGAUCUUUUUCAUUCGCAAGGUUGUUGCAAAGACCGACCUUGUCACUGAGAAGGAGCAGAAGCUGGUGCGUUGGGGUUGUAAUGUGGCCGUGGAUGCUCUCAAGGCUAUUAAGGAAUAA